AUGAGAAGUUCUCAGAAAGGAGGUCUAUGUACCUAUGGCCUUAACAAUCAAGCUGGGUAUCUAUUUGAACGCAAUCAGGAAACGUUACGUCAACGUAAUAUUGGUCGUGCUCGAGGUAUUACAGGAACGCCACUAAAAAGGACCCGUGACCGUGACAGUGAUAGUGAUGAAGACACACAUCGGUAUCCGAGGUCGCGUCCAGAGCGACGUGUGGUCCUGGACGGGCUAAAGCGGAUGCGGGUCUCGUCACCUACUGAGUCCGAGUCACUUAAUAGUGACGUGGACUUGGACAUGACAGAUGAAGAGGCCGUUACGCCUCGAACGACUUGGCGAGCAAACAAAGCUCUUGUCCCAGUAACAAGCAACAAGAAAUCAUUGCAAUUUACAACACCAAGUGCAGCUCAGAACUGGAAGAUGAUGCAUCAACAGGUGUCGGGCCAGUCGAUGGAUAUUCCAAACGAUGAUUCAUGUCGAGUUAUGGUGGUUUUUAACCCGUCCAAGUCAAUAUCCUUGUCACCUCAUCCACGAAUUCAACUGGUCGAAGAUAGGGAACUUGACACUGCCACAUCGUCAGAAAGUGAGGACGACCGUAGUGUCCGAUUUGAAGAAUUAUCGUCUGAUAAUGACGAGCCCGUGGACAUGGACAUUGACUGA